AUGAACGGCCCCAUCGGGACCGGUUACACACCUCCAGGUGAACUGAACAUAAACGAGCUGGACCCUGCCGCGCGCCCACAGUCAAGGAGGGCGUCCUGGAUCAAGCGCCUCUCCACCAUAUCCAACUCGCAGCCCUCCAGCCGAGACACCAGCCCUGGCCCCCUCUCGCCCUCUGUGUCGUGCUCCAACGGUUCAAUGGCUUUCUCGCAUGACGGCUCCACCGCACCCAUGAUCCCGGGUGACCGACCUCCCGCUCCGCUACCGCCCAACAAGCUUGUCAAACGCUCGUCGUCGGUCCGCGGUUCUCAAGAAAGACCAGCCCAGAACAACACGUCUCGGCUGCCGUCGUUUCGCCGCCCUGCCACCAGCCACCAACGCUCUGCCACGCUGCAACAUCGGACAGCCCUGCUUGAGAUGACCGUCGAGAAUCCCUCUUCGGACGACCAGCAACUGCAGCCGAGUACGGAAAGCGAGGUCGAGUACACGCACUUCUUCACGGCAAGAGUGACAAAAGAGAAGACACUGUCAAAGCGCAAGGGAGCUUUGUCGUCGAACGCAAAGGCUAUAAAGAGGAUAUUUCCAAUGGACAAGAUGCACAGGCCAACGCUGCUGAUGGCUCGCUCUGUUUCGGCAGGUGCAGCUUCACACGUGGUCGAGGAUUCGGAAACUGAAGAAGAGACCGACAGCUUGUACUUCGCGAGCAGACCUGGCACGCCGCUCAGUCCCACUGUCAUUCCAGCAUCGCAGGGUGAUCCAUCCCAAACCGUGGACCGUAAACACGACCGCUCGCCUGUUGACAAUGCCGACAGCAACGCGACACGUGCGAGACGCUCCUUCUCCAUCAGCAAUUUGCUUUCUCCAGCUUCCAAGCCACGGACUACUGGACUUCCCGGAGCAAAUCUGGUACGCAAGAUCAGUCAAAGGAGGGUGAGCUCCGACCCCCUCUCUACGAUGGAAAAACGUCGAAGUAGUACUGCGCAUGGAGAAUCCGGAGCUGUCUCCGGUCGGCGAGACCUGACCGACCCCGCGCUUGCUCGACGCGAGAUAUCGACCUCGUCGGGACCCCACCCUAAAGCACGACAUGGUGCUCUUGCAGCCUCGCUCGCGUCACCGCUGCCUGAACCACCCCAUCGCGCCGCUUCGAAGGCAGAUCCUACCACAGAGUCAAUGCGCCCGGACGAUGUCAAACACUCAGCCGCAGCCGCUACCAAUCAGCCGCCGCCCUCGCCAACGGUGGCUCAGACGGGUGCACGGCCAUCCCGAAACUCCAUGGCUCCGUCCGAACAGGCCUCGACAUUAGUAGGCUCAGAUAACGAUGCCCGCGGAGCAGGGACAGGGGACGAGGAAGAUGCAGACAUCCAAAGUGAAACCGUCUUUGAUUCGCUGCGCACGGGCGGUGCAAGGAGUACGUCGGGCGCUCGUGGCCCGCGCAUAGAGACUAUAUUUGAUGAGUCGCCCCCAUCCAAGGUCAAAGUCACAGCGCUGCGCGAUCUCCUCCCCAAAGGAACCUUCCGGGAGCAGACGCUCGAUGCUGCUCCCGGGCAACUAAGCAUCGCCGAGGAAGAGGAGAGCAUCUCGACCCCGGUGCGCACCGUUGUCCCCGACCGGUCCAUUCACGAUUCACCUACCUAUUCGCGAGGCAGCACUGCGCCGCUCUUCCCCAACCUGAUACCCUCUUCGCCUCCGGAUAUGCCGAAGCCUCUAAACUUGGGAAGACUCGAAUGGGAUUCAAGGAUCGAAGAUGAUGGCAGCAGCAGCGCAUGGUCGGUAGAUGAUGAUGACGAAGACUCUUGGGGCGAUCUACCACCACGCCUGCCAGCCAUGCUCGUAGCUACGCCUGUUCCGCUCGGGCGUCACACGCCACAGUUAUUCGCUUCGAAAUCUAGUCCAAAGCCUACGACUCCGCAACAUCCCAACUUCGAUCACGGUGAUAGGGAUGCUCGCAGUAGCAUAUUCGAUUGGUCAGAGCAGCAACCUGCCGAUAAAAGCUCAGGCAAUCGUACACCGCCACGUCCGAGCACAGUACAUGGGAAGAAGGACGCAGAUCGUAGGGGUGGUCGAAUUGUUGGUCGACGAGCGCCUAGCGGGUUGCACGCCCGCAGCCAAAGUGUGCCUGUCGUCCCGGAUGCUACAGGGAAACGUAGCACAGUUGUCACCAAUAAGUUCGGCACCUGGGGUGUAGGAAGCAAAGGGGUUACUGAAGAUUGGAACGACGACUUCGAUUUCUCCGAUGUGGACGAAGAGACAAGUGCACCGGGUACAGUUCAAUCGCCGAGGGUUGACAGCGGCAUGGCAAUGGUGGUCCCCAAUCAUAUCCAAGAGCAGCAGAACAACGUUCUCGCGAACAUCGGUCUUUUGCGCGAGUGGGGGCUCCUGAUCGAAGAGCUCAAGGAGCAAAGAGUCCGAGCCGCCUGCCUAGGUAUCCUUGACGGCCCACAUGUCGCGAUGUGGGAAGAGGUGGACGCUAUGAUCGACCUUGCCGACCAAGAAGCCGAGCACGAGGGCGUCCCUCGCUUAUCUCCAGCAUCAUCGCCUGGCUUCGACGAAGUUGCCUUCGAUGACGUGUCACGCUCUAGUCCUAUUCCUAAUGGCGCAGAGAAGCGCAGGUCGGGGUUAGCAAGCAGCGCGCUCGGCAAACGCAACACGCCAUCCAAGUCUCCCCCUAACAACAGCUCCAGGAGAAAGACUAUUCUUCCACCGAACCAUCAAAUAUUUGGACCGCAAUCUUCGCCCGUACCUCCCAAGUCCAGGUUCGAAUCGCCUUCUACCCUUGCGGACAUCACCCAUCACGUUGGACGGCCUAGGAAAGAUUCCGAAGCAAAGGCUCGCUCCAUCAUAGAGGCGCUGCAGAAGAGGAGAAGUACUCAUGAGUCUCUCAUGGAUGUGCAAACCCCACAGUCUACGAAGAAAGUCCCAUUCGAUACCGCAACCCUUCGACGCAUUGUCCCGCACGUCAAUGGGUUGACUCACAGGGUCAAACAAACGUUGCGAGAAGCAGAAGGGCUCUACUCAAGCCCUAGCACAAGCCCGCAUAAAGAAGCCGAGGCCCCGUUAAGCAAGGAGUACCUUGCAGAAAACGAACUAUCUACGCAGAUGAAACUAAUGACGGUCAUGUAG